AAAGAGUAAGACUAGACGGAUAACAUUUACAGGAGCACCACAUUUCUCAAAGGAGCGACAGCUCUGUAAGUACGUCUUAAAAGAACAGACACAUAGAGAGAAGCUCGCGGCGUGAAUUCAUCAGUAUGGCUUCCACUAUUGACUUCAGGACACACGUGGAUCAGUCGUGCAGAUACUCCGAGGAGUUUGUCAACAUUUACUAUGACUGCAUGGACAAAAAAAGACGAAACCUGACAAGACUUUACCUGGAUAAAGCCACCCUGGUGUGGAAUGGGAAUAACAUUUCAGGACAGGAUGCUCUUGGAGAAUUUUUUGAGUCUCUUCCCUCAAGUGAAUUCCAGGUGCACACACUCGACUGCCAGCCUGUCCAUGAACAAGCGACUCAAGGCCAGACAACGUUGCUGGUGGUCACUGCAGGCACGGUCAAGUUUGACGGAAGUAAACAGAGAUAUUUCAACCAGAACUUCCUGCUAACGGCUCAAGCUUCCCCAAACAGCGACCAGCCGGUGUGGAAAAUCGCGAGUGACUGUUUUCGCUUCCAAGACUGGGCAAGCUGAAUGAUCCCAGCUUCCUGUUUUCCAUUUCCUGUUUGUAUGAAAAUAUUUAUAAAAAAAAAAAAAUUGUGGAAGAUCUGAGUGACUGUUACUUCCAUGGCUAGUUGUUUUUUUAAAUAAAUGUGUUAUAAAUGAAAGACCACACAGUGGACAAGAUGUACUCUGUAGAAAACAAUUUAAUUAUCACAAUGUAUAUUACAUUUAGAAUAUGGUUCACAAAAUCUAAUAAAUAAGAGCGGCAUGAAAUA